GCAAGCUCUCAAGCUCAAGGAGCUUGUCCUGAGUUCAUUGUUGAUAGAUUCAGUGAUCUUCCAGUUGAAGUUGCUCAUCACAUUCUUUCCUUCCUCCCCUUCAAAGACAUCGGACAGGUGGGCUGUGUGUCCAAAAGAUGUCUAGAGCUUUAUCUUUCAUAUCCGUCAUUGAUUUUUAAUCCAAGUCACCACCAAAGAAAUAACAUGUGGAGACGAUUGGAGGCCUUUAACUAUUUUGAUAAGUUCUUGGCUAAUCGUGAUAGUAAUAAGAUAGAGUGCUUUCGUAUAUCUUGGGACUACCGUUCAGUCCAUUUUGCAAGAGAAUUUAACGAGUUGCUCAGAAUAUCCACAUGGAUCCGUCAUGCGGCAAGGUGUAAUGUCCAGGUGUUAGAUCUUGACUUCAAUCCGCGGUGUAAAGCACCAUUUGAGUUAUUGCCGUCUUCCAUCUCUGCUUGUAAAUCUUUGAGAACUUUAGUGAUAGAUUUUCAUUGGAACAUUCUUAAAUGGCCCUCUUCCAAUUUUUUGACUAAUCUCCAGUGUUUGAAGUUGAAGAGUGUUCAAAUAGAAGGUUUGGAGCUUUUUGGCAAAUGGAUCCCAUGCUGUAAAUUCCUUAAGCAAUUACAGCUUGAAUAUGUUUCCGGCAUAAAACGUAUGACCGUUAUAAGCUCUUCUUUGGAAUCAUUUAGUUUUGUGCUUUAUGAUCGAAAUCCACUCUGUUAUCUUGGCAUAUCCGGUGAGAAACUUGAAGAUAUACAUAUACAAUGGCAAUGUGAUUCACUUAGCGGAAAAUCAUUAAAUAUUUUUGCUCCAAAUCUGAAGUAUUUGAAAUGGGGUGGGAAUUUGAUGGAUCACCAGAAACUGGGGAAUUUAACGUGUUUAGAAAAAGCUGAGAUUUAUCUGUAUCCGAAGGUUGAUGAGUCUGAUAAACUAUUUGAGGUUCUUUGCAGCAUUGGGAGGAGUAAAGUUCUUAUUCUAAAUGAAGAGACCAUGAAGGCUCUGUGCAAGAAAAGUCCCAUGCCAACAUUAGAUGGUAUUUCAUACUUGGGUUUGCAUACUAGCAGCUUGAGUGACGAGCUAUUCCCAAAAAUGGUCUCUCUUCUCAAUGGAAUGACUACUUUGCGUAAAUUGUGCAUAACUUCUAAUCCAUCCUUCAUAAAAUGGCGGCCAUUAGAUGCUCCUGAUAAUCCUUUCCAGUCAUCCAGGUAUAAUACGAGCUGCUGGGGAUCCCAUAACCUUGCUUGCAUGCAUGAGCUUCAAGAGGUAAUAAUAGAGCUUUCAAAUGGUACUAAUGAAUGGAAGUUAGCAAAGUAUAUACUGGAGCAUAUUCAGAGUUUGAAGAAAAUGGUAAUUCUUUAUUCAUCCAAGCAAGAAGAAGAUGUAGUACUGAGAAAAAAACCCGAGAUGAUCUCCGCUGCAACACUUGUCUUUCAGAAAAAGUAGAGCAGUUGACCAAGAACAAAAAGUGGGGAGAAAGGAGCAGGUAUAAUAUUUUUCAGAGGGAUUUGUUUUUGCUAUAACAUUGUAAACUUAGUCUUGAUGUUGAUUGGUGGUGCAGUAUGAUAUUUCUUUUGGACAAGACACCCCUAAACUUGAUAUAUUUUAAUUUGGAGUAUGGUUUUUGAA